AUGCCUUGUCAGGCAGUCAUAUCGUCCGCGCUGACGCUGGUGGCGGCGACAGCGAUCUCAUUAUGCCAGGCCCAAGACCUCACUGAAUAUGUGUUACCUAACAUGGGCGCCACGAAUGGUGGAAACACGUUCCCGGGGGUUAGUUUGCCACUCGGAAUGGUGAAACUAGGGCCAGAUCUAUACACUGGGUCUGAUAGUUAUUCAGGUUAUCAACCUAGUGGAAAUUUCAUCGGAUUCAGUUUGCUUCAUGAAAGCGGGACUGGCGGUGCCCCCAAGUAUGGCGUGGUAGCGCAAAUGCCUGUCCCCGGGACGAUAGACAACCCGCUGGCUGACCUGAGCGUUAACCGGAGUAAGGCAGAUGAGAGUCGGCUUGGGUAUUAUAAAUCGAGUCUGUUCAAUGGGAUCACUGUCGAGAUGGGAGCUACGGGUCGGGCUGGCAUGUACGUGUAUGAGUUUCCGGAAGACAGCAGGUCUUCCAACGUCGUGGUAGAUGUUUCCCACGUGCUUCCAUCAUAUCGAGGCCAAGGCUUGGGACAGACUUACCUCGGCGGCAACAUCACCGUCACACCUACAGAUGAUGGAAUCCGCUACAUGGGAUCAGGCUCCUAUGAUAAUGGAUGGAAUCGCGCCCCAAAGUGGACUGUAUAUUUCUGUGGUCAUUUUGACCAGCCUGCGACUUUCAGAACCUUCCUCGGAACAUCCGCAACAGGGACAACUCUAGACGAAUAUGGCGAUUCCACGACCCAAGAGUCGAAAUCGCGAUUAGGCGCCGUUUUCACGUUUAAUUCCACUAGUAUCACGUCAAGAGUGGGCGUAUCCUUCAUCUCAAGCGAGCAGGCCUGCAGCAGCGUACAAAGCGAAAUCCCAGCUGGUACUGAAUUAACCACCUUGGAGAAGGGUGUCAAAGAGGCGUGGUCUAAUGGGGUCCUUUCCAAAAUAACAACGACAGACUCGUCGAACACGGCCAAUCUACAACUGCUGUACUCUUCGUUGUACCAUCUGUUACUAAUCCCAACUAACAAGACUGGGGAGAACCCGUUGUGGGAAUCCAGCGAGCCGUAUUACGAUGAUAUUUUCACCUUCUGGGAUACUUUCCGCUCUCACACGCCACUGCUGCAAAUCCUACAGCCAACAGCAUACGAAGAACUCAUCCGGUCUGUGAUUGAUGUCUGGAGGUUUGAAGGUUUUAUGCCUGAUGCUCGCUCGUCUUUCUUCAACGGCGCGACGCAAGGCGGGUCCAACGCGGACAAUGUCCUCGCCGACGCGUACGUGAAAGGCGUGCGCGGGGCCAUAAACUGGGAGGACGGAUUCGCGGCCAUGGUCACGGAUGCCGAGACAGUGCCUCCGAAUAACAAUGACCCGAGAGAUACCUCGUCGUCGACGAAAGAGGGACGAGGCGCUCUCCCAGAUUGGAUCAAGCACGGAUACAUCACGACGAAAUACCGACGCUCCGUGAGCCGGGCUAUUGAAUACGCUCUCAACGACUUUGCCCUUUACCAGGUAGCCAAAGGCUUGAACAACGAAACAGCAGCAGAGAAAUACCUCAAGCGCUCGCGCAACUGGCGCAACCAAUGGAACCCCGAUCUCGAAGCGCUGAACUUCACAGGCUUCCUCGGGCCACGCGACUCAUCCGGCAACUGGGUAUCGCAGGACCCGCUGAGCUGCGGCGGAUGCUACUGGGGCGACGACUAUUACCAAGGUUUACCGAUGGAGUACUCGUUCAACGCGCACCACGACGUGGCGACGCUGAUCAAAUACAGCGGUGGCAAGGAUGCCUUCGUGGCGCGCCUCGAAGCCAUGUUCAUGCCGGGGCUGUCUUCAGGGAACUCGCAGUUCGGCCACACGCUGUUCAAUCCAGGGAACGAGCCGAGUUUCGCAACACCAUACCUGUUCAACUUCGCGGGCCGUCAGGAUCUCUCAGUCAAGUACAGCCGGGCCGUGGCGCGCUCGUACUAUGCCCCGACGGAGUCCGGGCUGCCGGGGAACUCGGAUGCCGGGGCCAUGGAGAGCUGGGUGCUCUGGAACAUGAUUGGGAUGUACCCGCUGACGGGUCAGACGACUUUCCUCAUCGCGUCGCCGUGGUUCGCAGAUCUGACUAUCGAUCUGGGCGGUGGCAAGAAGCUCGUCAUCACGGCUGAGAACGUCGGACAGGAGUCGUACUACGUGCAGUCCUUGUCGGUGAAUGGGAAAUCCUGGGACAAGGCCUGGGUCUUGUGGGACGAUGUCUUUGCCAAUGGGGGCACAAUGGAGUUUGUUCUCGGGCCAGAACCGGCUGAUUGGGCGACAGGUGACUUACCGCCGAGCCCGGCUAGUGAGGCAUGA